AUGGCUACACUUCCUAAUCCAGCUGUGAUACAGGGUGCGAUACAGACGAGUGCAGCUGCUGACAUCCAGUUUCGACUGGAGGAGUUCUCAUUGACCUCCGACCUCGGACUGAUUCCUGCCUGUUGUGGACAGGAACCUGUUAACUCACCUGGAUGUCUGUCUGUUUGUCCGUACCGUCUAAAGUUCUGUGUAGAAUCUAACGAAAGGCAGAUGUGUUCACAAGCGUACCCACUUGACAGUCGGGGUCAGGAGAAGGAUGUCACUCAUAUUAGCCUGGCAAACAUAGAGACUAGGAUGGUGGUUCACAUACAUUUGAUAACUGAUACAGAGGAGGAAGACAUUCUGAUGGACGUUCCAGUCAUCCCCGUUUCUGUUGGUGAUAUUAGAAUUGUGUCUGGCAAAUGUCAGAGAAACAAAUUCAAGUGCAGUAUGAGAGCCGCUAUAGCUAUCAAUUGCGAGCCUAAUUUCUACGGUGAAGACUGCUCCAAUUAUUGUCUACCUCCAAACAACUGUUCUCGAUAUAUGUAUCAUGAGAAAAACUUGGACCCAGUUAUGGCUUCGGUCAUUCGCAGAUCUAUUGCAACGAAUUUAAGUUCAAGGGUAUUAACUUGUUCCAACAGUAAUUGUCAGAAUUUUGGUAAAUGUGUGUCUGGCGUGUGUGAAUGUGUGCCAGGAUUUACCGGAGAUUUAUGUGAGAUAGACAUUCUGGAGUGUGAGACCAACCCUUGCAUUCAUGGUAGGUGUAUAGAACCUAACGUCCCUAACACAUACUAUUGUGAGUGUGACAAGGGCUACACUGGGACGAACUGUGACGUGAGAGGUACGGGUACGACAAACAGCACAGGAAUGCCAAUGUGUCCGAACUGUUAUUACAAUGGGUCUUGCUACAGUAAACAAGUUAAUCCAGUACAAAACCAAUCUCCGGGAUGUCAACCGCACAAAUACGGUAAUAAUUGUAACGUCACGUGUAUCCCCCAGAACACAUGUGGAGGCGGCCAUUACGAGUGCAACCCUACAACAGGUGAAAGGGACUGUCACGGAGGCUGGAGUGGGGAUAAUUGUACUGUCCGUAACGUGUCCAAAUCAUGCGAUCCAGAGUGUCCGAACGUCCGCUGUAAAAAUGACGGAACGUGUUUCAAUGGAACUUGUUGUUGUCUGCCAAAAUAUACAGGGAAAUAUUGUGAAAGGGUAAAAAUCUUCUGCGACAAGAUGCCAUGUAAAAACAACGGAAUCUGUACGAACAUGGAGGAUGGGUAUUCCUGUCAAUGUCGUCAAGGUUAUGGGGGCAUAAAUUGUGAAAAUAAAAUCACAACACAUCCUUCUACGUUCUCCACACCAUCGUCUUCCCCAACAGACAGGAGUAAGGCACCAACAAAUCCCAAACCAUCUACAUCACAAUCUACAGCAAAAUCAACGACUACCAGCAAACCAACAACAACUACGUCAAAACCAACGAGCACAAGCCAACCAACCACACAGUCUACUUCAACAACGAGGUCAACAACUGCGCCUACAACGCCGAGGCCAACAACCACUGUAAAACCAACCACAAGUACAACUACCACUAAACCAACCACCACCACGGCUACCACGACAGACAGACCAACCACGACUGCAAAGCCACUCGUGACACACAAUCUCCUUGUGAACGGGAAAAUAAAGGACAAGGACAUUUCUAAACUGGAGAAGUUAUUGAAUGAUGUGCUGAAAAAUCUGAAUUGUACGAAAGGAGCCAAAAUUGUCGACUUUCAUCAUUUAAUCAACGACAUUAGGGAACAAGUCACCAGCGUUGAUAUUGCCUCAGAGUGUAUCCAUGGUAAGACACUGGACCCAAACAUUGUGUCGAUGUUGAACGGUUUACUAGGAAGAACACCGCCUUUCCGGAGUAGUGGUAAUCACAUAUCGGGACAGCAGGUGAGCCAACUAAAGGACCUGGCCAAGAGCUAUAGUCUUAACCUGAUUGGCUACGUUUGUAAUCAGAACGAGGACGCCAUCAACAGGAAAAUCGUGAACACUUGGAUUACCACUUAUCCCCAAAUACCGGACAUAAAAGCCCUCAUUGUCUUAAGAGAUUAUUUUGUAGGGGAUUAUGGGACACACGUGACAAAGCUGAAGUAUUUUGUGACGUCACGAUUUCAACUAUUGGAUCCCCGGAUAUCACCCUCCCCGACCACAUCUGCUUUUGAGCUGGAAUUUAACAAGGUGCCUGUGGUCAAUAGUAUAUACUCUGGGCAUGCACUGUACGGGUAUACAGAGGGGAUCCGACUUCCCGUCAUUGAUAUGACGUCACCGGUAACAUCACUCGUCAGUCCACUGGCUAAAGUAUGGACGGAUUUCUCAAAAUCGAAUAAACAAACGCCGAGGAAAGUAAGCAGUGCAAAUGUGGAUAUUGUCAUGUCUGGUCGAGAGCCUUGCUUCUCCGGAAACCGCACGGAUUUACAAUCAUCCGUGUACUUCCCCGUCCUAUCAAACGGCAGUCUACUGAACAUUGAACUGCGACAUAUACCGGAUACGAGGGCGGUGUUUACAACAGCCUGUGUGACGUGUUUCCUGGAGAGACAGUUCUACGUCGACGUGUCCGGUCGGAUCUUACUCCGAGACAGGGACGCCGUCUACCGGGUGAUCAAAGACGCAUGGAAAACUUCUCAAAAUGCUAACCAACUGAUGUUUGCGGAAAAACAAUAUUUUCAAACUAAUAAUGGGGACCUGGUAACACGAUUAUGGUAUACCCAUCCUUUGGACCCCUCUGACCGAUACAGCACGUGGCCUCAUCCCGACAUCGGAGGACGAUUGGACAACAUCUCUCGAGGACUGGGUAACGUCAGACAUACCCUAAACACACUACGGGUGGAGAGGCUGUACAGAAUUGUGUUAGAGGAUAACAUUCCCCAGCGACGUAUGUCAGAGGUCAAGCAGAAACUUCAGCAGGCUUGGGCGGAUGCUAAUAAACAUAUAAACGCCAAUAGUAUGCAGCUAAACAUUGUAGCAUGGAGUUCGAAUUAUUAUUCCAUCCAAGGGAACAUUGUAACCAUGAUCGACUACAAAGUAUCGGUUGCCAAUGGUGACUCCGCGGAGGUGGCUGUGCAGGAACCAGCCAAAGCCAGUAUGAUAACGCUCCUGGGACAAGCGUCUCUCCGAGUCUGUUUAUGUCAGGUUUACCAGCAUCGAGAUAUCGGUGUUGUUGGUAACAUAGGCACAGACGACCAUCAGGCGAUAGAACAAGCUAUCUCUUCUGUCUGGGAGUCGAAAAAUCCAGGAUUGUCACUAGUUAUAUCUGGCCAUGUGAAGGAAAUGCUGGCGGGUUACAAAUCAAAAGCAGGUGAUAAAGCAACAAAGGUUGUGUACUUCGUUUCUCCUUUCAUCCACGGGACUCCUGUCGAUGAGAAUGACCUUGACAUACCGAGUCUUGCAGACAUAAAGACGCGCAUGGAAGCUGUUCUUCCGGGUACAACUGUGGAAGAGCAUCCGUUAACCAGGACAACAGCUGCCAAAGAUACAGAUGAGAAACCAUCCUGGCUUAUUCCUGUUGCGGUGGCGUCCGGCGUUGUAGGGUUUUUACUAGUUAUGGCUAUAUUAACAGCAAUUAUUAAACGUCAUCGUCAUAAGAUGUCGAAGACGUUGAACCAGAACCCGGAGCGCGUUGAGGGUUAUGACAAGGAGCACUUCUCUGAAGCUCCCGACCUUGACAACUCUCUUAACGUGGAGGAUCCUCAGUGGAUGGAAAACGAAAAACAUAAGACAUAUAUCGUGAACAUGUGAAAUACAGAGACAUACAUCAUUCUUUGUAAACCUGUCACCUAUUACAUGUGAUUCAAAUGUGUUCAACACAUGUCCGCUGUUUUUGUUGAUAAAGCGUGGAGCAAACUAGCGCGGAUGUGCACACACGUGUAUAUAUGCUUACAUAUACAUAUCUGAAAUGGAACAUGCCAAGCAACGGAUCGAUACGCGAAUAAUAGGAGCGCUGUUAACAGUUUGGACAGUCAAGUCACUAACAUAACCAUUUCUUUUUGCAAUUAUUGAGAAGUCAAAGUAAUGUGCAACUGCUAUAUUCAUUUUUGACCUAUCCUACGCUUAUCAUCCUGUUAACAAACAAUUGUUGAGCAUAGCUUUGAUGCAGUGGCUGUCUGAGGUUAGAGGACUGAUGUAGAACCGUUUAUAUGUACACCUGUCCGUCCAGAGAAUCACACUUGACUAUGAUAGCAACUGAGGGUGACAAAGACACAUUUAAAAGCGAAAGAUUACAUACACAUGCAAGCUUUUAGAUGUGAACAAGUGCCCUUAGAUUUUAAUUCAAUGCAAAUCUAGAACUUUUGUUGAUUUAAUUGAUGACAUUCCGAAGGUGUUUGUCCAGCUUCAAGGAUAUGUCUAUAAUUAGCACUUUAUCUUGAAUUCUUAUGAAUAUAUGAUGCCGUAAUACUUUGUCAGCUGUAAAAGAAAGCAACGAAUGUUUAGCAAGUUAUUUGCCAAUAGUAAUGCAAAUAUUUCUUUAUUUUCUGUGAAAUAUUUAGGAUUAGAAUAAAUUAAAUAAUAUCGACUUAAAUAUGUUA